AAAGCACCACACCGAAGCCCCCUGAAAACUCAUUCAUCAUCGCGAUCACUAUCAAGCUAGGCCGCUGUCAUCACGUGCUGACGUAAAAUUGUUCCCGACUCCUGAAAUGUAAUGGGACUCGUUCACGUGUAAAUCGUUGUUGUUUUUUUUAUCCGCUUGUGGAUAUAUCUCCUGACCCUUUCCUGCGCGAGGAAAUGGGAACUAACGUCUCGUGUUAUGGGAGAAACACGGAGGUCGGGCGAACGGUGGACUGUCAACAACAGCAAUAAUGUCCGCGUGAAACGACCCUGCUGCUGCCCCAACGGCCGCUUCUCCAUAUUGUAGCACCGGAUCCACUAUUAAACCAUGCCUGGGAAACUAAAGGCCAAAAUUGUGGCAGGGCGCCACUUGCCUGUAAUGGACAGAGCAAGUGACCUGACGGAUGCCUUCGUAGAGGUGAAGUUUGGAAACACAACCUUCAAAACAGACGUUUUUCCCAAGUCCCUUAAUCCACAGUGGAACUCAGAAUGGUUCAAGUUUGAGGUCGACGACGAGGACUUGCAGGACGAACCCUUGCAGAUCACAGUGUUGGACCACGACACGUACAGCGCCAACGACGCCAUAGGGAAAGUUUACAUCGACAUCGACCCUUUGCUCUGCACUGAGGCCGCCUCCGUCAUCUCUGGCUGGUUUCCUAUCUACGACACCAUCCACGGCAUCAGAGGAGAGAUCAACGUCCUUGUAAAAGUGGAGCUCUUCAACGACUUGAACCGAUUCAGGCAGUCGUCUUGCGGGGUCAAGUUUUUCUGCACCACGUCCAUCCCGCGGGGCUACCGGGCAGCCAUGGUCCACGGGUUUUUAGAGGAGCUGGUGGUGAACGAGGACCCAGAGUACCAGUGGAUAGACCGCAUUAGAACUCCCCGGGCUUCCAACGAAGCACGCCAGAGGCUCAUCUCUCUCAUGUCCGGGGAGCUGCAGAGGAAAAUAGGGCUCAAAGUUCUGGAGAUGGGUGGGAACGCAGUGGUGGGCUACCUGCAGUGCUUCGACUUGGAGGGAGAGUCGGGCCUGGUGGUCCGGGCCAUCGGCACCGCCUGCACUCUGGAAAAGCUCACCUCGGGAAGCCUCGCGAGCGCACACACGCACCCUAACACGGCGCCUGCUUCUAACGCCUGCAAUUCCCCGUCUAAAGAUGGAAAGGAGCCGGUAUUUGGUGAGGAUCUGCCCUCGUCCUCCGGCCCGCCCACCCCUUUCCGAGCCCUCCCCACCUCCUCCUCCUCUCCUCCCCCCUUCUCUCCCUGCAAGCCAUGCAGCCGUCAGUCCUCAUCAUCAGACACAGACCUCAGUUUGACGCCCAAAACGGAGGAGCCCCAGUCAGGGAGACGCAGGCCAGGGAUCUUCCUCUGCCCCAGCUCCCCCGUCCUCUCUGCAGACUCAUUGUCCCUUCCUGGUUUGGGCUCUGCGGGCUGUGGUCAUGGCUCUGGGCCCAGAGCGACCAGCCCGGCCCUCCCCUCCUUCACCUACUCAGACUCUGCCUUGCUGAGAAAGAGCGUGUCCUUCACCGAGGACCUGCUGCUGGCGGCCUCCGGAAUGGGCAGCGGAGGCAGCGCCGGGAAGGAGGCCGGGCCGUUGAAGACCCUCCUCAGACAGCAGACGCAGACCGCUCUGGAACAGAGGGGAGCAUCCUCCUCUGGGUUAUUGUUAAACGCCAGGGAGUUCCCCUUCUUCACCUUGACCUCUUUCCCGCCGGGUUUUCUGGUUCAUGUGGGCGGAGUGGUCAGUGCUCGUUCGGUUAAAUUACUGGACCGCAUACACAACCCCGAUGAACCUGAGACCCGUGAUGCCUGGUGGGAAGAGAUUCGCCAGGAAAUCAAAUCCCACGCCAAAGCUCUUGGUUGCCAUGCUGUUGUAGGGUACAGCGAGAACACGAGCAUCUGCGAAGAGGUCUGUAUUCUGUCAGCAUCGGGCACAGCCGCCAUCCUGAAUCAUCGGUAUAUGCGUGAAGGCUGCCUUGACAUCGGCAGCACCGACCAAAGGUUCGAGGAUCCAUCACCUCCAAGCUGCGGCUUCUGUCACAUCCCGUACGAUGAGCUCAACAUGCCAUUUCCUGCCCAGCUCACCUAUUGUUACAACUGUAGACGGCAAAAGGUCCCUGAUGUUUUAUUCACAACGAUUGACUUGCCAGCAGAGGCAGCUGUCACAGGGAAAGGCUGCCUCAUCCAGGCCAGACUGUGUCGUCUGAAAAAGAAAGCUCAGGGAGAAGUGAACGCGACCGUCAUCUCCAACCUGCUGCCUUUCAUGGAAUACGAGCUGCACACUCAGCUGAUGAACAAGCUGAAGCUGCGGAGCAUGAAUGCUCUGUUUGGCCUGCACAUACAGAUCAGUGUUGGCGAGAACAUGCUGCUGGGUCUUGCUUCCGCUACGGGAGUGUACCUGACGGCUCUGCCCGCACCAGGAGGUAUCCAGAUAGCUGGGAAGACCACCGGCGACAUGAGCAACGAGCAGCACAUCCUGACGAUCCAGAAAAGGAUCAACGACACCAUCGCCAGGAACAAAGAGCUCUAUCAGAUCAACCCGCCGAAAUUAUUUGCCCUGGACCCUGAGGUGUUCUGCGGCACAAACAUGGAGCUGACGGAGGAAGGGGUGGGAUCGCCGAUCCCCGAGCCCAGGCACAGGUCCAGGCUUUUUCGCUCCCACUCGGAAAGCUCAGACGAGGUGUCCGAAUUGGAUCUGUCGCACGGCAAAAAGGACGCCUUUGUUCUGGAGAUCGAUGACACCGAUGCCGUGGAGGACAUCCACUCUCUCCUCACCGACGCAUCUCCGCCAGCAGGUUUCCACAGCUGCAACACCGAGACCAUGCCUGGGAUUUAUAACUGGACGACAGCGGUGCAGAUGUUUACAUCGGUUAGGGUCUUGAGGUUGAGCAAUGCCAACCUGUCUAACCAAAGCCUGAACAAGAUCUUCACUGACCUGUGUGAGAAUCUGCUAAAGAGUUUUUACUUCAAGUUACGCUCCAUGGUUCCCUGCUGCCUCUGUCAUCUCAACUUCAAUGUGGCGGUGCCGGAAGAAGAGCUCAUUCAGGUUUCAGUGACAGCAGUGGCCAUGACGUUUGACAAGGACCAGACGCAGGAGAGGCCGGCCGAGAGGUUUAUCACCAAAGGUGGGAGUGAGACCGAUGAGCAGCUGCAGUUUUCCCUGGAGCUGUGCGCCGACUCGUCAUCCACCAACUCUCAGCCUUCUUCCAGAAUUUCAGGGACAGUCUCUUUAUUCACCCCAGCUGCAAAACUUUGCCAAAGUCAGCUGGUUGUGGUUCAUUCGACAGGUGUCCCAGAAAAUACCAUUGUCUCAUCCAGAGCUGCCUCCGUUGAUUACGGUUCCUUUGCAGACAGAUGCAGCACCUGGCUAGAGCUGCUUAGGCUGAAAGCGCACACCAUAAGACGAGGAUCAGUUAAGACAAGUAGGAGGACACAGUCUCUAGCACACUCUGUCUCGUCUCUGGAGCACUGCAGUCCGCUGACGGAGGGACGCAGCCGUUCGGUGCGCUCCAGCCGCUCCUUCGGAGGCAGUCCGGUGACCAUGGUGAAGAUGACGCCGCUCUCCUUCCUCCCUGGGACGCGCAACAUCAAAUACCUGGGCAUCAUCAACAUGUUCUUCAUCAGAGAGACGACAUCUCUACGAGAGGAAGGCGGGGUUAGCGGCUUCCUCCAUUCGUUCAUCGCCGAGGUGUUUGCGAUGGUUCGAGCCCACGUGGCAGCUCUGGGCGGCAACGCUGUGGUGUCCUACAGCAUGAAAGACUGCGUUUUAAUGGAAAAUCCAAACAAGAACCAGGCUCAGUGCCUCAUUAACGUGAGCGGCGAUGCGGUGAUCUACGUCAGGGAAACGGACCAGGAGCCCACGGCCUCCAUGACUAACAUGGGUCAGAGUCUGUGUGCAGCUGACGGCGCUACAUGACUCGUGGACGUCCGGCUCACAUUCCACCAGCUGGAGGCACUGUCUGACCGAACACGCUCUCCUAAAAGUCUAGUCAUCCAAAUCUGUGUGAAUAAAUAUUUUGCCUUAAAAUUCUCAAAGAUCCAAAGGUCUGGACAUGUAAUUAUUUAAAAUAAAAAUAAAAAAUUAGUCGUGCGGAAAACUGUGUAUUAUGUGUAACAUAGGAGUGCAAUGUCUUUAUGUUUGAAGAGAAACUGAUGUGAGCCUUAUGGGUUGAGACCAGCCGCAGGGGCUCUGUAAAUUUGAAGCGUUUCUUUUUACUAAAGCCGUCCGUUCUGGGCUACGACCACAGCUACACUGUAUCGGCCAUCUCCUUGUGUUUUGCACACAUGAGGCAGCUAUAAUUAAUUUGUCCAUCUGCGAACCACUGAAUUUCUGUAGCCAUGCUUAACAAAAAAAAAAAAAAAAAAAAGGGAUG